UCGGACCCAGUGCCAAGUCAUUUUAAUGACGGCGAUGAAUUCUUGCCUGCUCUUGGCCAACGUUCAAGGCAAGGAGUUGUCGCUUACGGCGCAAUGGAAAGUAAAUGCAGGCUCUAAUCAGCGUCACUGCCGAACGCUGGACCUCGUAUUCAAAUGGUCGCCCCGUACAUACGCUACUGAACCGGAUCCCUGCAUCAGUACGAGCACGGGCCGGAACGACGAAUCCGGCCCGCCGCAUCUCGAUGGUGGGAAGCCUUGGUCCGAAUUCGUCAUCGACAGUCUACAGCGCACAGAGUGGCAGGUGUCACCAGAUGAUGGUGUUGCCAUGAAGUUCAUUCUCGCCGACCGUGAAGGCUUCUGUACCCGGUCUGAUUUUCUGGAACGGCGGAUGGAAGGAUACAGAGCUCUGGUCGUUGCGCGGAGCUUCUUGCAACCUCGACAUCAUAUUAAUCGCGCCGCAAUUUCAGAUGAUGAUCGCCCUGAUGCGUCAAUACUGUUUUCCAUCCUUUCCGACGCAGUGGGUGGGCUGAUUGUGAGCAAUAUUGACGCUUUGGACGAAGUCGAGGUGGAGCUCGAUAACCGGCUCUCGUAUCUUUGGAUUGCCCCUUCUUGCCCUCCACUUACUCGAAUUGCUUGGGUGCGCGGCAGGUACAAUAUAGACCACAGCAAGAGAAUCUGGGACUCAGCUGUAGCACUGGGCAUCGCUGUAGUGAUUCUGGACAAUGAAGGGCACUGGCUGCAAGAUGCACGAUGGAAUCAUCUGCGAGAGGACUUCAUUCCCACCAAUCUUGACCCUGAUGCAGGACUUGCAGAUCGCCUUGUAGAUGCCAUUCGCCGCUACGAAAAACCAAUACAUGGCAUCACUACCUCCAGUAACAAACGACUUGUAUCUGUCGCAAAAGCAUGUGAGACGCUGGGACUUCGAACAUCGCCGGCGCAAUCAUUUAUCAUAGCUGCGGACAAAUGCAUAACGCGCGAGAUGGAGCCAUCCUCGGAUGUGACCUCAUUACGGGUGCAGAAUGUUCAGGAUCUGAGAGACCGCCUUUCCUCGAAUAGAUUCCCUCCAAUUCCAUACCCCAUGGUUGUGAAACCCUGUAUAGGUUGGGCUAGCGAGUGUAUUUCGAAGGUCCAUACCGAAACCGAGCUUUUGCGCGCAGUUGAAAAAGCAUCAGAACGCCACCGCUUAUCCCCGAUUCGGCGUACUGAUGUGAUGAUAGAAUCUUACGUCGAAGGUCCCGAGAUCGAUGCCAACAUUGUCUUAUUGGCCGGACUACGCAGACAGUGAAU